UUUAAAAGGACGACCGGCUCUGCAGAGCUUCACAACCUCAUCAGCCAUGAGAGCGGUUGUGCUUGCCCUGACUGUGGCCUUCGUGGCCAGUGAACCUCACCACCUUGCUCUGGAAUUUGCUGCUGGCAAAACUUACGUCUACAAGUAUGAGACGCUUAUCCUGGGCGGCCUGCCGGAGGAAGGUCUGGCACGAGCCGGACUCAACUUCACCAGCAAAGUCCUCAUCAGUGCUCAAGGCCAAAACAACUACAUGCUGAAGCUUGAGAAUUAUGAGUUCUACGAGUACAACGGCAUUUGGCCUCAGGAGAAGUUCAUCAAGGCGAGCACACUGACUUCAGAGCUGGCAGGUCAGUUCGACAAGGCCGUCAAGUUUGAAUAUGCCGGUGGCAUGGUCGACAAGAUGUACGCCCCUCAGGGAGUCUCGCCGAUGGUGCUGAACAUCUACAGAGGUAUCCUGGGCGUCCUUCAGCUCAACAUCAAGAAGACGCACAACGUCUAUGAACUGCAGGAGGCCGGAACCCAGGGAAUAUGCAAGACCCUCUAUGCCAUUUCUGAAGACGAAAAGGCCGAGCGCAUCCUUCUGACCAAGACCAGGGACAUGAACCACUGUCAGGAGAAGAUCAUCAGGGACAUGGGGUUGGCAUACACGGAGAAAUGCGUGAAGUGUCAGGACGACAUCAAAAACCUGAGAGGAACCACCACAUACAGCUACAUCCUGAAGGAAGUUGAGGGUGGCGUCGAGGUCCAGGAUGUGAGAGCAAUCGAGCUGAUCCAGUUCUCACCUUUCAGUGAGAAGAAAGGAGCUGCUCAGAUGGAGACCAGGCAAUCCUUGAUCUUUCAAGAGUACCGCCAAUCCGGUAUGACACCCAUCAGUGCUCAGUACGUUCACCAUGGAUCUCUCAAGUAUGAGAUCCCCACAGAGCUCAUCCACACGCCCAUUCAGAUGAUUAAGACUGGCAGUAAAAACCCCCUGGUCCUUCAGAUUGAUGAGAUUCUGAAACACCUGGUGACCCACAACGAGGAAACUGUGCAUGAGGACGCCCCCAUGAAGUUUGUGGAAUUAUUUCAGCUCCUCCGCAAAAUGAAGCAUGAAGACCUGGCCAACCUCUGGAAGAAAUACAUCAACAUGCCUGCCUAUAGACGAUGGCUCUUGGAUUCCAUCACUGUCACUGCAACUCCUGCUUCUCUGCAGUUCUUCAAGGACCAACUCCUGGCUAAGCAGCCCCUGGCUAACCAGCACCAGGUUGAGCAGCCGACGAUUUUUGAAGUAGCUCAGGCUCUGAUUGGCUCUAUCCACAUGGUGGCAGCAAACGAUGAGUCCUUGGAGCUGUUCCGGAUGGUGAUAAACAACGAACAAUUCAAGGAGAAGCCACUUCAGCGUGAAAUCCUCCUCCUUGGUUAUGGUACCAUGAUCUACAGGCACUGUGCCGAGAUGGCUGCUUGUUCUGCUGAACUCCCAAAACCCAUCUAUGACCAUUUCACAAAGACCGAAUUGGAAAAGGAAGAGAACGUGAUCCUGUACCUGAAGGCUCUCGGAAAUGCCGGGCAUCCUGCUAGCCUCAAGAAAAUCUCAAAGUACCUGCCCAUUCAUGGCACCGCAGCUACAAAUCAGCCGACGAAAGUCCAUGCUGAAGCCAUCAUGGCGAUGAGGAACAUUGCAAAGAAGGAGCCCAGAAUGGUCCAAGAAUAUGCUCUUCAGCUCUUCAUGGACAAGGCUCUUCCCCCAGAACUCCGCAUGCUCUCUUGCAUUGUGAUGUUUGAGACGAGGCCUCCGAUGGCUCUGGUGAUCACUCUCGCCAACAUUGUGAAGAGGGAGAAGAAUCUGCAGGUUGCAAGCUUCACUUACUCUCACAUGAAGUCUCUGACCCGGAGCACCAGCCCCAUCCAUGCCUCACUUGCUGCCGCUUGCAACGUCGCCCUCAGGAUCUUGGGCCCACAGCUGGACAGACUGAGCUUGCGCUACAGCAGAGCCAUCCACAUGGAGACCUACAACAGUCCCUACAUGCUUGGUGCUGCUGCCAGCGCUUUCUACAUCAAUGACGCCGCCACCAUUCUUCCCAAAUCCAUCAUGGCUAAGACCAGAGCCUACAUCGCAGGAGCUGCUGCUGACAUUCUGGAGUUUGGAGUGAGAACCGAGGGACUGCAGGAGGCCUUGCUGAAAAACCCUUCGCUUCUCGACAACGCCGACAGGAUCAACAAAAUGAAGCGUGUCAUCAGUGCUUUGUCCCAGUGGAGGUCUCAGCCCAACAGCAAGCCCCUGGCCUCCUUCUACGUCAAGAUCUUUGGACAAGAAGUUGCGUACGCCAACAUCGACAAAACCUUGAUCGAUCAUGCCAUCGGGCUCGCACGUGAAGUUCGAACUAAAGAACAAGAAGUUCGGAAGCUUGGUAGAGAGGCUGUCCAGACCCUGCAAGAAGGUGCUUCCUACCACUUUGCCAAACCUCUGCUGAUCACUGAGGUGCGUCGCAUCCUGCCAACCAUCGCUGGUAUUCCAAUGGAGCUUGGUCUGUACACUGCUGCCGUGACCGCUGCAAAGAUUAAAGUUGCUGCCAGUAUAACACCAGCUCUGCUAGACAACUUUGCUCUUGCUGACCUUUGGCAAAAAGACAUUCGGCUGAACACUGAGAUCAGACCGAGUGCUGUUGCGAACUCUUUUGCUGUGAUGGGGGUGAACACUGCUUACGUCCAGGCCGCCCUGGUUACAAGAGCUAAACUCAACUUCACCUCGCCGGUCAAAAUCGCCGCAAGUUUAAACAUGCAGGAGGAGCGCUUUAAGAUCGAAGCUCUGCCCGUUGCAGUGCCUGAAACCUUUGCAGCUGCGGAAGUUGAGAGUUUUGCUACAACAAGAAUGUCUGACGAAACUGCUCCUAAACUCAAUCCUAUCAUCCCUGUUAAACGCUCACAAUCCCGCUCAGCGGAGAUUCGCACAUCUAAGAUUGCUUCUUCUGCUGCUUUCAGUGUGUCAAAAUCCUCGGAGAUCCUUUCCCAGGAAGAGCAAGCUGCCAGGCAGAACCAAUCCAGAGUGCUCAAGAAGAAGUACUGCUCUAAGUUGGUUGGUGUUGGACUGAAGGCCUGCUUAAAGGUUGCCACCCAAAACGUUGGUUACCUCCAGGACGCUGCUCUGUACAAAGUGGCUGGAAGACACGCUGUUGCUCUUUCUUUCAAACCAAUUGAAGGUGAAACCGUUGAGAAACUGGAGAUGGAAGUUGGAGUCGGACAGAAGGCUGCAGAGAAGCUCAUCAAACAGAUCACCCUGAGCCAAGAAGCAAUCCGUGAGGGAAGACCAAUCCUGAUGAAGCUCAAGAGAAUCCUGGUUCCUAAUGUUGGCAAUAGCUCGUCUUCCUCCUCCUCCUCCUCUUCCACCUCCCCCUCCUCCUCCAGCUCCAGCAGGUCCAGCAGCUCCAAGUCCUCCUCUUCCAGCUCCUCAUCUCGCCCCAGCAGCAAGGUCAAUGAUGCAGCUGUUCAACUCGUCAAACCCCGCCGCAGCAGCAGCAGAAGCAGCAGCAGAAGCAGCAGCAGAAGCAGCAGCAGCAGCGGCGGCAGCAGCCGCAGCCACAGCCGCAGCCGCCGUCGCAGCAGCAGCAGCAGCAGCAGCAGCAGCAGCAGCAGCAGCAGCAGCAGCAGCAGUAGUAGCAGCAGCAGCAGCAGCAGCAGCAGCAGCAGUAGCAGAAGCAGCAGCUCUGUUAGGUCCAGCAUCAGGUCUUCCAGCUCUGCAUCAAGCCUUGCAUCACUCUUCAGUGGAAGUUCAAGCUCGUCUAGCUCCAGCUCUCGCCAUUCAAGGCAUGUGACUCAGUCAAAGAGGUUCAGGAAGAAUCACAAGAAACAGGGUCUCAACUCCAAGGCCACCUCGUCAGCACGUUACAGGAGCACUAGCAACGCCUCAAGCUAUGAGAAUGUCUACAAACAGAACAAAUUCCUGGGCAGUGAAGCUGCUAUCUUGGCCGUUGUCUUCCGCGCUGUUAAGGCCAAUAACAAGAUGCAGGGAUACCAAGUCGCCACCUACCUGGACAAACCUACCGCCAGACUUCAGGUUAUUCUGGCUCCCUUGGCUGUUGAUUACAACUGGAAGGUCUGUGCUGAUGGAGUUCUGUCUAGCGAGCACAAAGCCAUGGCUAGAUUCCGUUGGGGACCAGAGUGCAGCAAAUACGACACUACGGUGACUGCUGAAACUGGUCUCAUUGGUAAAAAGCCUGCAGCUCGCCUUAGAGUGCACUGGAAGAGAAUCUCUUCUACUCUGAAGCACUACGCUAAGAUGGCAUUCAAGGGCAUUCCUUCUCGCAUGCUGUCCGACUUGUUUAGAGGAAAGGACAGAAACAACACCAAGCAGAUCUCAUUGACCGUGUUUAAAGCGUCUGACAGGUCCCUUGAGUUCAUCUGGAAAACACUAAGGCGUAAUGUCUACAGGCUGCAUCUUCCUGUCAAUCUGCCAUUUGACAUCAGACGUCUCUUCAACGAUUCAGUCGACGACAUUAUUUCCAAUGCUGGUGCAGCUGAAUGCCUCGCCACCCAAGAAGCCAUGAAGACAUUCAACAACAGGACAUACUCCAACAAGACGCCCCAAUCAUGCUAUCAGAUUCUGGCAGCGGAUUGCACAGACGACCUGAAAUUCAUUGUUCUGCUGAAGAAGGAUGAUCCUGAGCACAACCACAUCAACAUUAAGAUUGCUGACAUCGAUGUUGACCUCUACUCAAGGAACAGCGAGAUGGUUGUCGAGAUCAACUCGAGGGAAAUACCCAUUAGAAGCCAGUCCUACCAGCAUCCCACAGAAGCUAUAAAGGUCAGACAGAUAGGUGAAGGCAUCUCUGUGGUGGCACCUAAAUAUGGUCUCACUGAGGUCUACUUUGAGAAGAGCUCAUGGAAGAUUAAGGUUGCCGACUGGAUGAAGGGACAGACCUGUGGACUCUGUGGAAAGGCUGACGGGGAGAUCAGGCAGGAGUAUCGCACUCCCUCCGGACGUCUGGCCAAAAAUGAAGAAAGCCACGCCCUGUCCUGGGUUGUACCAGGCAAGAGCUGCAGGGACGCCAACGAGUGCCGUUUGAAGCACGAAUCUGUGCGGCUGGAGAAGCAGGUGGACAUCCGUGGUCAGAACACCAGAUGCUACUCCGUUGAGCCGGUUCUUCGCUGUCUGCCCGGCUGCUUCCCCGUGAAGACCAGCAAAGUCAACGUUGGGUUCCACUGCCUGCCCGCUGAUGCUAACCUGAACGGCGUGAACAUGUACGAGAGAAGCGAGGACCUGAGGGAGAGCGCUGAUGCUCACAUCGCCUGUAGAUGCACUGCUCAGUGUGUCUAAAUAUGCUGCCUUUUGUCAGUCAUUUACAUCCUCUGUAUCUAACUUCAAAUAAACUGCAUCCCAAAAGAAA